AUGGAGAACAGAGUUUAUGAUGAUGAGGAAGAGUGGUUUAGAACAAUUUUCGCAAAUUCCAAAAAGGAAGAUGCCAUUCAAAACCAAUAUGAGUUCUUUGUACAAAGAAUGGGAGGACCUCCAUUGUUCAGCCAAAGAAGAGGCCAUCCUGCUUUGAUUGCACGCCAUCGCCCGUUCUCUGUCACUCACCUGGCUGCAGAGAGGUGGUUGCACCACAUGCAGCAAGCGUUGGACACCACUUCAGAUAUUGAUCCCGACUCCAAAACCAAAAUGAUGAAUUUUUUCAGGCACACUGCAUUUUUUCUUGUGGCGGGAGAUGAGUUGAAGAAGCAGAGACAGGGAAUUGCUUGCAAGCAUGCGGCUGCUAAACCCUCCGAGUCUACAGCAUAA